AAGAAGUCAAUAUAUAUUAUUUUAUAUAUAUAUGUAUAUAUAUAUAUAUAUAUAUACGUCCUAAUUUGUAUUUAUUUUAUGAUUUUAGAAGAUAAUAUUUCAGUAUUAACAUUUUCUCUCACCUCUUUUUCUUAUUUUGUACAUCGACUGAAAAUCCUCGUGUCAAAUAGGUCUUCCCAAUUGUUUUAUUAGGGUUAUAUGGAGAGGCCAUCAUAA